AUGACACCUUUAUCAGCUUAUAAAUAUCAUGAUCCAGAAGCUACAUUAGCCAACAACUUCAGCAUUAAGCACAAUCAGAUCACAACGAUCCGAGAUCAAAAUAUGGAUAACAGACUCUCGAGCAGCGCCUUGGCAGCCCCGAUUGUAUCAAGGGGGCUACUUUUGUCUAAAUCUUGUCAAAGUCUAUGCGGUCUUCCAUCUUCUUCCAAAAUCAAUGGCAUAGAAAGACUACUAGAAAUUGUGAAACAUAAGUUGAGUUAUGGUGCCAAAAUCCUUCCACUCGGCCGUGAGGGAAGAAUCUUUGGUAAAAAUUUCAGUACCCGGGACUCUGAGAAGUUGUUGCAUGCUACCCGCUGUUCCAUAUACACUACAGCUGGCCCGAUCGCAGGCAUCCUCUUUAUCACUACCGAAAGGGUUGGAUUUUGUAGUGAUAGGUCUGUCAAAACAUAUUCUGCAGCAGGAGAGGUGUUAAAGUUCCAAUAUAAGGUGUCGAUUCCGUUAGAAAAGAUUAAAGGAGUAGGAGAGAGCGCGAACAUGAAGAGGCCAUCGAAAAAGUAUAUCGAGCUUGUGACGGUGGAUGAAUUCAGCUUCUGGUUUUUGGGAUUUUCUAAUUACAAGAAAACUUUGAGAUAUCUUCUUCAGAGAAUCAGCCACAAUUGUUAG